CUGCGCAGGAUACUAUCGUCAGCUGCCAGCGUCCACGGCUCAGCCGCCACACACACACACACACACACACACCGCACCAGAUCUCCUGAGAGGAUGGGGCACGAACUGCGACUGCAGCAUGCUGUGUUUGGAUCCUAAGGGGACCAUUUCUGAGUUGUGCGUGCGUGAGAGAGUGUGUGUGUGCGUGCGUGCGUGCGUGCCUGAUAGAUAGAGAGACUGUACGCUUGCAAGUGUGAGUGAGUGACUGAGUGCGUAUGCGUAUGUGUCUUCUCUUGGGGGGAUAACUCGCUGCACGAUUCAAGCACAAGGACUCCGAGUGCAAGGAAGUCUUCGGCAGCAGCAUCAGUACCGCAUCUUUGAGCGGGCAUCAUCCCCGGCCAAGACCCCCCACCUACCUUCCUCCCAAAAGCCCCACUAGAAUCUUCACCGACACUCUGUAUCAAACCCCCCCCCCCCCCAUCCCUAAAUCCAGCUGCCGGCUCCGCCGUUACCCCGGCAACCAUGGACUGCGGACUGCGUCUGCCUCCGGUCAUUGAGGAGGUCAUGGACCCAGCAUUGGAUGACCUGUGUGAGCUGAAAACCGAGCGGCCCGGCAUGGAGGCCCUGACGGCCAAAGAGAGGGAGUCCCUGGAGGAGGAGGAGAAGAGGGAGGCGCAGAAGGAGAAAGAGGUGGAGGUGGGGAACGGAGAGAAGGGCCAGAAGGAGGAGCGGGAAGGAGGGAUGGCCAAAGAGGGAGCGGCGGAGGAGCAAGAAGAAGAAGAGGAGCGAGGGAUGACGGAGGAGGAGGAGUUGGAGGAGCUGAGGGCUCAGGUGCUGCAGCUGCUGCAGGAACUGGAGGAGACCAGAGUCAUCUCCCAGCACCACGAGGACAGCUUCAUGGAACUGCAGGGUCUUCUGGAGGAUGAGCGUUUGGCCAGUGCCCACCAGGCUGAAGCCUUCACCAGGCAAAUCCAGAGACUGCAAGCCCAGCUGCGCUCGGUGCAGGAGGAGAUGGAGUGCCUGGAGGAGGAGAAGGAGAGCGAGCUGGCGGAGGCGCAGGAGGAGCUGCGCGGGGCCCAGGAGGAGGUGCUGGUGCUGCAGCAGGCGGCCGAGGAGGCGGCAGGGGAGCGGGAGAACGACAUCGCCUCCCUGCAGGAGGAGCUGUGCCGCCUCCGGGCCCAGCUGCAGAGGCUCCAGGUCACCACGCAGGAGUACGAGCUGGAGAUCACCUCGCUCCGGGCCGAGAUCGCUAUGAAGAGCCACCACGGGACGCCCAGCCCCGAGCCCAGAGAGAGGGCGUACGCACACGGAGAGGUUGAUCAGCUGAAGGCAGAGUGCCACACGCUGACGGAGGAGUGCCAGAGCCUGAAGGAUGACAACAGACAGCUGACUGAGAAGCUCCACCUCCUCCAACAGAAAGCCAGCUCCUGUGACCCAUACCUGUCUCUGAGGACCCCAGAUGAAGCCAUCCGCAGCCCUAAGCCUGGUGCCCUCCCGGAGGCAGCCUUGGAGGCCUGCAAGGCUGGGGGCUACAUGACCAUGAUGGCGCCCCCAGCUGGGCAGCAGCACGUCGCCCACACUACAGCAGCAGCGGUGGCUGCAGGAGCAAAGGUGGAGACUGCAAGAGGAGGUGGGGCCGGAGCAGGUGUGGACAUGGAGGAGGUGCGGAGCCUUAGGCAGCAACUGGAGAAAGCAGAGGAGAGAGCCAAUGAAGUCAAGCAACUGUGCGAGAGUCUGAGAGAAGAGCUGGAGGAGCUGCAGGGUCUCUAUGACAACAGCCAGAAGGAGAGGGCAGAGCUGGAGGCGGAGCUUCAGCAGUACAGGGCGGAGCUAGAGCGCCUGACCGGGAAGAAGAAACAGAGCUCCUCUCCUGCACCCGAGUCCCCUAUUCUCUCCGUCCCCUUCUUAGGAAUGGUUGUAAUAGUGGCGCAGCUUUGGUGCUGGUGGUCGGAGCUGGCUUCCUAAAAGGGGUUUGAAGGGUCACGAGGACGAGUGGAAUGUGGUGAUGGUGGUCGCCAUAACGGCAGCGGUGGUUCUGAUCGUCCCCAGCUUGACCAGAAUGCUGUCCUGAUCCCCCGGGGUAAUCCCCCAGGACACCACAGGAAGUGACAUCACGUCAUCCUCCACCUCCACCAUGGAUAUCUCUACUGUAUUUACUCCCCCCCUUCACCUGCAACCCUAGGCCAUAUGUCUUCAAUAUACGACUACAGGGCUGGCAAAUGCAGAUGCUUGACCAGAAUUCUGUCCUGAUCGGGAUCCAACCGGAAGUGACAUCACUUCUCCACCUCCAUUGAAAUCUCUACUGUAUUUACUUCCUACUUUUAGCCCCUCCUAUCUAAACUCCCUUCACCUGCAACCCGAGGGGCAACAUGUCUUCAGUAUACAACUACAGGACCGGCACAUGGAAAUGCUUGACCAGAAUUCUGUCCUGAUUGGGAUCCGACAGGAAGUGACAUCACUUCUCCACCUCCAUUGAAAUCAACAUGUCUUCAGUAUAUGACUACAGGACUGGCACAUGGAAACAUCUGUUCCCCACCGUCCACAGAAAAACACAAAGCAAAACAAAAAAAACCUCGCUCACUCAACGGCAGCAUCACUAGGACUAUGGGACCAGAGUCACUCGUCUUCCGUCAUUUUCAAUAGACUGUUGCUCUCCCUUUCCUUUUCUCUCAAUCUUUCUUUCUUUAUUUCUACCUCUUGCUGGUUCUUUUUCGUCUUCCAUUUCAUCUACUUCUUGCUCUCUCUUCUGUUUUCACUCAUCCUUUUUAUUCUACAUCUCUCAGUUCCUUACUUUUCUGUCUAUACUGUA